GCCAUGUUCCGGAAGCUCUAGGUCAGCUGAUGCGAGGCUGGUAGCAUCAUGGCUAACCUAGUCCCUCGUUAACAGAAAACACGUAACAGCGUGCUGCGUGUAAACCGUUUACCCCCUCUCGUUUGUGCACUACACAUGUUUUUAAAAUGCAGGGCGUGUUUCUUCUACGGACAUUUGUCUUUGUGUGUGUUUUGCUUCUAAGCGAAGUGACAGCGAAGAAUUCUGAAGACAUUCGUUGCAAAUGCAUCUGCCCACCAUACAGAGAAAUCGAGGGACAGAUCUACAAGCAGAAUGUGUCUCUUAAAGACUGUAACUGUCUGCAUGUAGUGGAACCAAUGCCGGUGGAUGGAAAAGACGUGGAGGCUUACUGUUUACGUUGUGAGUGUAAAUAUGAAGAGAGAAGCUCAGGCACUAUUAAGGUCACUAUCAUCAUCUACUUGUCCAUUUUGGGCUUGCUGCUUCUCUACAUGGUCUACCUGACGCUCCUGGAGCCCAUCCUGAAAAGACGUCUGUUUGGUCACUCGCAGCUCAUUCAAAGUGACGAUGAUGUUGGGGACCAGCAGCCUUUUGCAAACGCUCACAACGUCCUCUCUCGCUCACACUCUCGACCCAACAUGCUGAACAAGGUCGAGCACGCCCAGCAGCGCUGGAGGAGGCAAGUCCAGGAACAGAGAAAGUCUGUGUUCGACCGUCAUGUCGUCCUCAGUUAAAAGGUGGAGAGGACAAAAAAAAAUCCCCCAAACAACAACACACUGUGACCGAGUCUGUGGCUUGUAUCUCUUCCCGUUUCUCAUUUUGUGGUUUGUAUCUCCAUAAGUGUCGAUGAAGUACAAACUAGAUCAAAAGGGACAUUACAAGCGAUCACAUAGAUAUUUUUUUUCUCUCCGUAACACUAUUGUUGCACUGUUUUCAAUGAUACGUCUGAACUCAUGCACGGAUGCUCUCAGAGGAAUAUAUCUUGAGAAUGUGACUAAUAAAUGCCAGAUAAAAACCCUACAAGACAAUUAUUUGUUAUAUCUGCUGGACCAGCACCACAUUGGAUCAAAGCUGGGCCACCCUCGUAUAUUUUGCACACUAUACUGGCUGUCCGAAUACAAUCCGCACAGACUGAAGACAUCUUAUGAAGGCGUUUCCUUUUUGAUCGCGAAUAUUGUACUGAGUAAGUCAGUGUUGAAUAUAUUUGACAAUUUCAUUGAUCUUAGUUGCUGAAAUAGGUGAUCUCGUGUUAUUUAUCUGUGAAUCUUUUAGUGACAUUUGGACUUUAAAUUUUAUUUUUAUUAACUGUAUGGCGACUGAUAUCCACCAGAUGUAUUCCACUUUGGGACAGGAAGUUAACCAGUGAGGCCAAAUGUGAACGUAAUGAUAGAGACGGCGAAGAGGUGUAUAGCCGUUCCAAUUCUGUUAACUUGACUUCUUUUUAUCAAGGUCCUAAAUAACAUGUCUUGUUGGACACCCGCCACGCGAGCGACACACUGGAGUUAUUAUAAUAACUGCUUUUGGGUGGCCUCUGAAACCGUUCCUAAGCGUUGUAACAUGUGUGCUACCUUUUAACUUUGAAAUAAAUUGAUGUGAAUAUUUGUGAUUCUU